AUGGCUAGAGAUAUGAGAAAGAUAAUGAGACUUGUAGCUAUUGUUUUGACAGCAUAUAUCGCGUCAAAUGGAUGUGUAGUGAAUGGGAGAUCUAUACACAGUGAAGAUGUAGAGCUGGAGAAGGAACUUGCAGCAAUAAACAAGCCAAGCAUAAAAACUAUUGAGACAGAGUAUGGAGACAUAUAUGACUGUGUGGACAUAAACAAACAACCUGCUUUUGACCAUCCACUGCUCAAGGAUCGCAAAGCCAAGACGAGGCCUAGCCUAGCUUUGGAAAAGAUUUUAAGAGCUUCAAGGAAGGAUGCAUCUCUAUUGGAGACUAACCCUACAAAACUAGGGUUGAAAGAAGGGUGCCCUGCAGGAUCUGUCCCUCUACGAAGGGCCACAAAGGAAGAUUUGAGAAGGGCUAAAUCUAGUUUCCAGAGACUAUCGAGUUUUGAACCAAGUAACCCUGGUCAAGGUUAUGAUUUUGCAGGAAUUGUUACAACACCACCAGCCGAUGUAUUAUUUAAGGGGAUUGCAGCACGCAUUAGCGUAUACCAGCCUCCUGUUAGUGGUCAGCAAUCAAGUACAGCUCUGAUUCAGCUUCAAACUCAGACUGAAACAAAAGUGGGCAGUAUUCAAGUUGGAUGGACAAUUGAUCCAGAAUUGUAUGGUGACAGCAGGGCUAGAUUGUUCACCAAAUGGAGUGAAGAGCAUGAUGGAUCUGUAGACGGGUGUUACAACACACUUUGUUCAGGAUUUGUUGUAACAAAUCCAAGCAUUCCUAUUGAUACAGCUUUUAACGAUGUCUCCAUUGCUCAACGGUCUCAAGUUUUCCAGUGGAUGAUGGUAACUCUGGAUCCACUAAGCCAAGACUGGUGGCUGUCAAUGCAGGACGAUAACAUUCGAAUAGGUUACUGGCCGAGAGAAUUGUUCUCAUUCUCCGGAUUUAGUGUUGGAGGUUACAACGCAACAUGGGGAGGUCUGGUCCAUACCGAAACUGAUGUUUCACCUGCCAUGGGAAGUGGUUUUUUUGAAGAUGGUAACUACAAUUCAACUUGCAACAUGGUAAAGGUUCAAGUCAACAUAGGAAAUACAUUCAUGUCUCCUUAUGACAACCCUGUGCAAGUUCUACAAUCUAGAUGUUUCAAAGCUGGUAAGCAGAAUACACAUCCCUAUUACCGAUUCCAGUUUGGGGGACCCGGUGGUUUGCCCAAUGCUUGUGUAGCUUAA